AGAAUGAAAUUGAUUUAGAGUACGUAAUGUACCACCAUACUAUAGGUUGUGUGUGUGUGUGUGUGUGUGUGUGUGUGUGUGUGUGUGUGAUAUUUGCCUUUGAAACAUUUUUGCAUUGACUAAUAGCAUAGCUAAGUGGUGCCGCUCUGCACUGUCCUAAUGGCCAAGCAUGAUGUUGAAACUUUAACUGCUUUGGGCUGACCCAACAUCACACUCACUGGUUUGGGGGCUGUCUAGACACCACAGUCAAUUCUGUCUCAGGUUCCUCAGCAACACAAGACAAAAUCCAGGGAGACCAGCCAGCACAAAGUGGGCAUAUGAUUGGACAUAUCAGCCAUGCGGGACAGAGACCACGGCUGGAAGUUCAGGAGGAAAUGUUGUAUUGUGUACAGCAUAAACACCACAGGUCUCAGUUCUCAAUGAUGAACCCCCUGCAUGACCACCAGUGCUGCCUGCUCCUGUUCUUUCUGUUUGUACAAGUGCAUUUUCUUGCAGGCACAAAUGUGGACUUCAGAGUUUUACAAUCACCACCCAAUUUAACUCUUUCCAAGGGAGAGACUGCAGAAAUGAAAUGCUCUUGGAAUGGGCCAAAAAACAUCAGCCGAAAGGGAAGCUGGUAUAAAGAUAAAACGAUUGAGAAGAUUUCCUCAAUCUCCAAGAGGACAAUUAUCUUAUCUCAAAACAACUCAUCAACCCUGGUCAUUCACAAUGUAUCUAGUAAUGAUUCAGGUUUAUAUGUUUGUAAAGUUAUCCAAGAUAUACCGAAACUCAUUACAAACUUUGGAAAGGGAACACAAUUAACAGUGAAUUCACAAACUAAAACCUCCACUGAGAACCAAGAGGGUGUUGAAAACCCUGAAAACGAUAAAAAUGGACUUCCACUUCAACUCACAGUGUCUUUGGCUGUUGUUGUCGGUCUACUGGUGUUCAGUGCUCCUUUUAUUAUCUGCAGAUUAAAAAGAGCAGGAAAUAAUGUGAUCAGGGAGGCACCCAUCGAAAGUGAGGAGCACAGAGAAGAAGUUGAGUCCAGCUCUAACUCCUCCAGGGGUUCAACCCAGUGGUGUCAGGUUCCUGUGUAUGAAGCUUACUUUGACCAUCGGAGAGAUGGGGAGGAUGGCUGAAAAGGAUUCAACAUCACAGAAGAAAUAUUCCAUACAUUAUUUGCUGUUGAAAUUUUUUAUAUGGUUAAAUUAUCAUCCUACAGUAUUAUUACAUAAUCUGGCAGUCAUUCUUGAGGCAAGGGACACAACAUGCUGUAAAAAUAACUGAUUCAAUUCAUUUAUACAGCGCCAAUAUGUUUCCAGGCACUUCACAGUGCACGGUUUGAACUGAAACUCGCUAGAGCACACAUUAAGAUGAUUGAGGCAAAGAAAAACGUUCCCCCCCUUUAAAAUGAAGAAACCUUGAGCAGAACCAUGCUGAGUAAGAGAGGGAGUCCUACAGUGUACAGAAAGGGCAUAGUGGAGACCGGGGCUGGUUGGAACACUUUUCACUCUCGGCUAUAUUUCUCCGUCUUACAGUGCGUUGAAAUUGUCAAGUUGUGAUUAACUGAAAGCUUGGGAUCUCAGCUACAAAAUGUAUACAUUCAAUGUCAACAAAUUAUCCCUUGUUUUGAGUUAUAUAUGAUUAAAGUGGUGUUGUGCACGUGUGCCAACCUGCCCCAUGCACGGGGUUGGUUGGCACAGUCGGGGUUGGUUGGAACACCUAUGUUAUAGUCCUUUGCAGUACCCCUUUUGCUUUUAUAUAUUUUUUUGUUAUUCAAUUUCUUUGUGAUAUAACAGCUCCAUACAGCUCUAUGUUUUUCAUUAUUAAUCCUCCAUGACUUCUAUAAUCAAAAAUAUGUUUUAAUCAGCUGUUGCUAACUGGUGGUCAUGUUUUGUGUCAUAAAUAAAAGCUGACAAAAAACUAA